AAAAUAUUAUAUCAAAGUCAGACUGUGGGUAUAUGUCCUAGCAGAAAGAGUUGUGUCAUGAGCACAACCACGCGAAGAAGUACGGAUUGAUAGAUUAGUUACAUAUAAAAACUGUCGUUAUUAUAUAAGUAUAUACUAGCAGAAAGAGUUGUGUGAUGCAUAUAUGAGCACAAACAUCCAGAGACAAAAACAUCCAUCCACACGACGAAGUCAAGCAGGAACAUAGAUCACAGUGGCCAUGUGGAACGCCGUGCAGAACGCGGCGCAGGUGACCGGAGUAGACGCCUUGUCGCUGAUCGCGCUGAUCGUGCGCGCGGCGGAGACGGCGAGGCGGAACAAGAAGACAUGCCGGGAGCUGGUGGAGCAGGUAAAGCAGAUCGGCGACCUGCUGCGGAGCCUAGAGGAGCAGCCCGCAGUGGGCAUCAGCAUCAUGCACCGGCCGGAGACGAGCGCCCUUCUCAUGGAGCUGCAAGAGACGCUCCGGCUGGCGUGCACGGUCGUCGAGUCGUGCGGGCAAGGCGGCUGCGUCCAUGGCCUAUGGGUCGGUGGGUCGCGUGCCAGCAGCCUGAGGGAUGUUCAGAGCAAGAUCGCCUUCUACCUCCAGCUGUUCCCCAUCGUCAGCCACCUCGACAACACCCGUCUCCUCGUGCAAGUUAUCAAUAGCGCAGCUGCUCCCACCUCUGCUGGGGGUGCUGAAGAGGAAGUUCUAAGGUCCUUUCAGAAUCUCUCGGAUCCUCAGGAUGACCAAAGUAGGUUUCAGAAUUUGAGUUUUUCUCAGUUAAGGAAUGCCACAAAUAACUUCUCACUUGAGAAUCAAAUUGAACAAGGUCCUUUGGCCACUUUAUACAAGGGUCAACUACAUGGCAAUCAUGUCACAAUAAAAAAACAUUCAGUUACUUCAAGUUCAGAGCAAAAGUUACCACCAAGUAUGAGUCAAUAUGAGCUAUGUAAAAACGAAGUUCAGAUUCUACCAAAGCUUCAGCACAAUAACAUAGUCAAACUCUUGGGAUUUUGUGCGGAAAGAAGCGAGAGGAUCGUGGUCUAUGAGCACAUGGAAAAUGGGAGCCUUGAGGACGUCAUAUUUGUGCGCAUGGGAGCAGGGUUCACAGUUGACUGGCCUACACGCUUCCGUAUAAUCGAAGGGGUCGCACAGGGUGCAGUUUAUCUACACAAUCAUUCCAGGCUGCGCAUCAUCCACAGAGAUUUGAAGCCAUGCAACAUUCUCUUGGAUUCAGAUAUGAACCCAAGAAUAUCUAAUUUUGACUUGGCCAAAGUUUUGAGUCCUGGCAUAAACCAAGGCACCGCUGAUUGUGUCGUAGGCUCAGUUGGAUUUAUUGCACCAGAGUACAUGAAAAAUGGUACAUUCUCGGUAAAGACCGAUGUGUACAGCUUUGGUGUCAUGGUCCUUGAAAUAAUCAGUGGGAAAAGAUGGACUCGGCCACUUCAGAGAACAUAUUACCAAGAUCUACUCACAUGGGCCUUCAAUAGGACAACAUGUUACGGCAACAAAAUGGUGCAAAGGCUCAAGGGUUUCAUGCACCCAACGAUGCACAGCAUCGCGUUCUGCGGCAGGACAGUGCCACGGUGCCUCUCGUUGCCGACGAGGAGGAGGGUAAUGUCAAAGCAGAGGGAGAUGAGGAGGUGUGUCCGGGUAGCCCUGCUCUGCAUCCAAGAGAAGCCGGAGCGCCGGCCGGACAUGCCGGAGGUCACGAGGAUGCUGAUGACCUCCAGGAAGCCUGCUGUGCCGUUUCCUCGUCGGCCAGGCUACGCCACCGAGAGCCCUAUGUAUGCCGGCGAUAGGAGCACGACGCCUUGAGGGUGCUGCCUUAUAUUGAUGCUUGUAUAUGGUAGUCUGCGCUAGCUAGCUAGAAUUUGCAAGCCACUCUGACUUUGCAUGGACUAGCUAGAAAACAAAAGUACUCAAUCCAUCUCAAAUUGUAAGUCGUUUGACUUUUUUAAUAUCAAAUUUGACCA